UCACCCACAAUGCACCGCGACACCUUCAAGCUCUUCCGUCGUGGAACAAAAAGGCGGAAACAAAAGAGCAGCACAGUCCGCCAGUAAAACAAACAAACAGCAGAAAAAGUGCGCUUUAGUUGCAGUUGACAGCUGUCGCCUGGUCGCCGCCUCGUAGCCUCGUAGCCUCGUAGCCUCGUAGCCGAGCUCCAGCUCUUGUCAUGGCUUUGAAGAGAAUACAGAAGGAGUUGAAUGACUUACAGAGGGACCCUCCUGCAUCAUGCUCGGCUGGACCGGUAGGAGAGGACAUGUUCCAUUGGCAAGCUACCAUCACAGGACCGAAUGACAGCCCAUAUCAUGGAGGCGUGUUCUUCCUUUCUGUCCAUUUCCCCACAGACUACCCUUUUAAACCACCUAAGGUGGCUUUUCAGACAAAGAUCUAUCACCCCAACAUAAACAGCAACGGCAGUAUCUGCCUGGACAUCUUAAGGUCACAGUGGUCUCCUGCUCUCACCGUAUCAAAAGUCUUGUUAUCCAUAUGCUCUUUGCUAUGUGACCCCAACCCUGAUGACCCCUUAGUCCCGGACAUCGCACACACAUACAAAUCAGACCGACAGAAGUACAACAAACUUGCCAGAGAAUGGACUCAGAAGUAUGCAAUGUAAAGUGUGAACAGAACUGGUUCUGCUGGGAGCACUUUCACUUUCACUUUCACCACUCAAACUUGACAUGGCCCAAAUUAUAUUGACUGUUCAUUUCCUUCUCAACUCUCAAUUGGCAUUAUUAUUAUUAUUAUUAUUAUUAUUAUUAUUAUUAUUACCGCUAUCACUAUUAUAAUUAUGACAUUAGCAGUGGUGAGAAUACCUCAUUUUAUUAUACAUUUGAGAUUUAUACUGAAUGAAACUAUGCUCGUUUUACUUUACAUUAAAAACAUACACAUUUGA